AUGGAUGGUGACCAGGCUGCCCAGCAAGGGUCUGCAGCGGACGACUUGUUUGCUGGCAUGUCGCGAAAUCCCAUGCCGAGCACCGAGCAGAUACAGCGAGCUGCACUGGAGCUAGGAUGGUCGCCGGCGUACCUCUUCUCUCGCUUAUACCCGGGGUCUGCCCAAGGCGCACAUCAUUCUCAACAAACCAUCCCCAGCACAUAUGGCACCACCCCUUCUGGUGUGACCUUAUCUAGAUCUCAGCAGAGGCCUCCCGAAGAGCAAGACGAUAUCGCCAUUGACUUGAUUUUAGGCGACAGAGGCGAAGGCAUAACCGGACGCGACAUGUCUGACCUCACUAUGGACCAACAACCCACUGUGAUGCAACCAACCAGCCAGUCCACUCUCCCCGCGGAUGAUGCCUCGGGACGGGCCGAAGACUUACCAGCCGGGCGCCCGCACACUUGCACUGAUGGACAGGGUUCAGGAAGCACCGAUAUCACCCCAAGUUCUAAUGCCUCAUGGGUCGAAAUUGCCCGAAAACCCCCCUCAGCACUCGGCAGUGGGAGUGGGGAGGACAUUCGUUUCCCAAACAGGCCAAAAAACUGGCCAGCUAUCAUAGGCUUGAGUCGCUCGGUCAAGCUACCCGCUAGGCGUCGGCGUGGUCCCAAGCCCAACAAGGCCAGACGACAGCCGCAACCCAAAGAAAAAGCUUCGAAUCCUUGCUACUUUUGUCGCCUAGGGAAAAGAGGUUGCGACGACGGGAUUAUCUGCAAGCCUUGCGAAAAACGCCUGACUCCACUCAGGACUGGAGUUUGUCUUCGUUACGAGGUCUCUGAUGCCGCUCUCUUUCGCGUGCAGCAACAGCCGGCUCAGAGAGCCAGCCAACGGUGGGCAACAAUGGACAUGGUCGACCUUGACGCCAAUGACUGGGAAUCGGGCGACAUACUGACGAUUCACGUUACUCCAACCAUUUUACAUGCUCCGAUUGAACUAAAACUGCGAAAGUUCAUACCAAAUAGUACAGAUGUCACUUUCAGAUCAUGGUGGGGUGGUUCACAAAUGACCAGAUACGACAUGCCUCCAUAUGCAAUCGCCAACUUGGCAGAAGCAGCUCAGUCAUAUGGCACCGUCAUUGACAAGUAUGUCGCGAUAUUUGUCGAGGCUACCGUACGUCACCAUGAUGAACUGAUACAGAGGACAUACUCUGCCGCACUCUGGCAUGCAGAACACACACAGGAAUUCAAGGAGAAAGAUCUUCUCAUCACUAUAUUUCGAUUCUGGGUUGCAUGCCGCAUCACCUCCACUUCGUUGGAAAUUACCGGCAGGGAGAAGCUUGGGCUAGCUCCUGUCAAUGAUGAAAGUUCCAAUAUGCACGGCAAGGUGCCACUCCCCCCUAUUAUCACACCCCAGGAGCAGAUCAUCGUUUAUUCCGGAUUUCUCAUUCCUUUGAGCAAGAAAAUUGUUUCUCAGCUUGGGCUUUUCCUCAAGAACGCGAAUCCCAAGAUGCGGUAUCCUUCUUACUUGGGGCUAUUCAUCAUUCUCCACAGCUGUUCCAUGCUCACGAGAAGAAACAAGGAAUAUGCUAGGCAGAUCAAUCACACGGGCGAAUACGUAAAUCCGGAUGCUAUCUCCGCCCUGCACUCGGGUGCCAUUACCAUGUUAGCACACUUCCAUGUUAACCAUGGAACUCACCUCUUUGACCCAGUGACAACAUCGGGGUGUUUAGAGCCAAGCCAAAUUCAAGUUCUGGCUGAAACCAGCAGAUUGGUUCAAGCGAAAUCUGGCUUAUUUGCUACCAUACGAAAAGAGCGAUGGGUCUGGGAUGAUCUUUAUUGGGCUUCACAGCUGUAUGACACUAAAUGGGAGCCAGACAAGCAGCCUUAA